AUGCCGACACAAACGACCCUUCCCCGAAUUGUUUCACGGACCAAGAACGCCAGAAAUCCUUAUUCUUCUCCCGUUAACUUGUCAGGAAACAGCUCGAUCUCUUCCUCCUCCACCCUCGUCGAUCCCCCAUUGACAAAGAAAGUGCCUAAGGAGUUGCCGGGCAUGAAAGAACCUCCUUUAAAGCGGCCGAGAGCUUCGUCAUCCGUGCCGUCUACUGGACUCAAGAAGCCCAAACCUCCAUCCAGGCACUCAACACAGUCCCAAACCGUCAUGCAGGCAAGGCCACCGAAGGACUUUUUAGCUAAAAGAAUCAGAGCCGAGUCGUCAGAUUCAGUACUUGAUAACGCAUCCUUCAACACCCCAAAUCCAAGGGCACGAAAGCAUGCCCGCCGCGCGUCACCUUUCACCCCAUCAAAAUCCACGGAAGUUCCCUUCAUGACAUUAGGAAAUCGUCAAUUAUCUACGCCUAGACGAAUGUCGCCUCCAGUGAUCGACCUUACGGUCUCGUCUUCUCCUGAAAGCCCAUCGGAAGAUCCAAUGCUACUGGUUGGUCGCACCACUCGGAAUGGAAAGGGGCAUGAUGUCGGGGAAUCGUUCGGUGUUAGUGUUGGCGAACGCCAUCGUCCACGGAACCCCUUCACCCCCCUAUCGAAGGAACUGAAAAGGGAGUCUCCGUCACCUUCUCUAGUCUCUUCUCGGCUAUCGAAUGCCCCACCUCCAAAGGAUUCAUCCGGAAACCACUCUGACGCAGGAAGCAAUGAACAGAAUGAUGCUGACGUUGGCUAUCUAGAUGAGAACUAUGGUUUCAUCGGCGAUGUUUUCGAGGUACCCACACAUCGAGGCUCUCCUAGUCCUGAAACACUGUAUGAGCGCAGUUUCACGAAGCUCGGCCAGCGCAAGCCCACCCCACGCCGCCUUGUUCUAGAAGGCGAGGGAGAUUUAUCUGCUAUGGCCAAAACUAUCUAUUACGAGCAUGAUGACGAUCAAGUCGAGGCGCCUUCUCCUUCACCAACCUCCAGACGACGAAACCGUGCUCGUUCCUCCCCUGACGCCGUGACUCGAGGCUCACCCCGCUCAUACCCUCGUAUUUUGGAUGGUUUGAAUGAGGAUGUACAAAAUCAGGACAGCAAUGAUAUCGAGCAGCGGCCCGUCGACGAGGCGGAAUCAGAUAAGUCCGGGUAUGUCCAUGAUCCCAUAGGUUUUGAAGUCCUCGAAGAAGAAACACCGGACAACAGUGAAGAAAGUGCUCAUGAUCGGAAGGAGAGACCUGAUCAGGAGAAAUCACCUCUGAUCCCUCCACCUCCCUCUUCCACGCCCCCCUUGCUGGGGGAUCGGUCGCGGGUUCAGGCUCCUACCAAGGAAGAAGACGAGGAUGACCCUUGGGGAAAAUCCCUCGACGAGAGGCAGCCAGAACUGGAAGCAACAAUCACGGCACGCUUUGAUCCUUCGGAAGAAUCCCCAGUUAGCCAAGUACGCUUCAGCCGCGGUCUUGAAAAUAGGUUUCGCGGUAACCAGAUACCAUUUUCGUCCUCACCGAUACAAUCAGUCUCAACUCAGAUGGAUUCUCCUAGUUUUGAUCGCAUUCAAGUUGAACAAACAGUAACAUACGAUUCUAUGGAAGACGAUAGCACCCUCGAUUCCCUCAUUCUUCAAAGUCAACAUUUUGGCGAGAAAAUAUCUGAGUCACACCAGACACCGAGCCCCCCAAAGGAGAAUGUCAUAUCUCAACAGCCUAAACAAAUAGUCCAAACUCCUUCAUCUCCACGGCUUCGUGCGGCUCAGGUCCGAAGCGAAACUCCCCGUGUCGAUCGUAUACCGGCCGGUUCACCGUCUCCAUCUCUCCCGCUGGUUCCUAUUACAUACCCAGAAUUCGAUGAGGCUAGACCUCGUGUCGUGGAUAACUCGACUGGUGCCUUCAAGAUCCCAAGCAUACGAAUAGGAGAUCAUGAUGUGGAGCUGGAAGAUGGAACUGAGGGAGAGGGAGAGGAGCAAGAUGACACCCCCAUUGUCGAGGUGUCCAGUCUGGAUCCUAAAGCAGCGGCGCGGGCGGCUAUGAUUCUAAAGAUGCACCAUGAUUACGUCCUGGAAGAUCAACAAGGUCUAACAAAAGGCCACCUUGGGAGAGCUCGAAGUCGUCAACGCACCUCUCCACGUUAUUCUCCGUAUGGGACCUCACGGUCUAGAUCAAGAUCACGGCCCCGUUCACAGGAUCCUAAUUCAUCCAUGGUAUCUCUACCUGAACUCCUUCAAGAGGCCGAGGAAGAGGUACUGAGUCUAAGCAUGACCAUGAGUCCCAAGAAGUCUAAACCGACUUUGCCGCGCACUUAUUAUCCUGGUUCGAAACAAUCACGAGGAUCCAAAUCCUCGUCCGUUCCACCCCGACUUCUCGGCCCGCCAAAAGGUUGGUGCAAAGAUGACUGGAAGAACAUGGAACGUGCAUUUGUUAAAGAACGCAAGAUCAUAGCUGGGCGCAACGGGUUUGAGUCGAGCAGCCAAGUAGCUCCCAUGGAUGUUGACCUCGGUGAUGUCGUCGAUCGAUUUGUCUCGAGCAAUGAGUUUUCUGCACGAAUUCGUGUUGGACCGGAUUUUGAACGGGAGACUUUACUGCUUCGCGCCGCUGCUCUCCAGAGACGUCUUAUGAAACCUAUUACCAAUAACCGAUAUGAGACGCCAAUAACCCUUUCAAGCCUCAAGGUCCCUGAGACGCCGUCAACGUUCGGAGAUGACUUUGACUAUGAUCGUUCAUCACCACAAAGCUCACUAAAGCGCUCCACCUCAGUUCAAUCUUUGCCACCUUCUCUUCAAGCGCCGCAUUAUGCACAUUUGCACAAUGAGGCUGGCACGUCUCGUAAUACCACAAGAGGUGGUCAUCCUCUACCGUCGUUGCCCCCAUCGCGAAAUGUCUCAAAGAGCACACCAAUUGUAGCUCCCGCUAUCGCGGAGGAGCGGGAGCCAGCUUCGCCUUCCAUUACGUCGCGCCUUCUUAACUAUGUGGGAUUUAAGCAAAGUUCUGCCACACCCCACCCUUCAAACCCAGGGACUCAAUUAUCAUCGGAUGGCUUCAAAGUGCCCAGGGAGCCGGUGUUCCUGCCCACCCCUGCGAGUCUUAGCACUGGUCCCCAAAUGGUGCAGGUGCAAUACAAUGGACCCAUCACGCUACCGGAACCCCUCAGGAGAGCGUCAAAUGCCCCGAUGAGGGAUCCUUCUGUCCGACUUUCCAAAGAAUAUGAGGAGUAUCCCGAAUUGCGACAUAUUGAUCCUUCACCUCCAAGUACGACAUCGCCUCCUGGUAUCCGUCUCCGCAGCGUUGGCUCUAGUGGAUCCGUCAAAGACCUUGUGAAAGGAUUUGAGGAUCUAACGCAGAAGUUUGAAGACCAAGUGAGGAGCACCCCCAGGCUGCCCCGAGGAGCGUCCUUACCGAUUCUAGUCGGCCGACCCCGAGCAACGAGUACCUCGCAAUUUUCCGUCAAGUCGUCCUCGUCUACCGAGUGGACUGGGAGUUUUGAUAUGAAUAAUUCAUUUGAUCAACCUGGUAACUCGAGUAUUGAAGAUACAUUCGACCAAUCGCGAGAGAGGCGAGAUGAGCCGCUAAAUCUCCCCGCCUCAUCGAAGAGAGCAACCGAUGAAGACGCUUUACCAAUUCCUAAGCAGAAGCGCGUACCCGAAACCGCACCACCCAAGAAGCGACUAUCAUUCCUUUCAUCUUGGAUUUCAUCUUGA